AUGGCAUCUUCUUCUUCAUCCUCAACCAAAGUGACCCUCAAACUUCUUAUUGACACCAAAAAUCAAAAAGUUUUGUUCGCAGAAGCUUCUAAAAGUGUCAUUGAUUUUCUUUUCAACUUGCUUCUCUUACCUAUUGGCACAGUUGUAAAACUGCUAACCAAGAAUGGCAUGGUUGGUAGCAUAGGAAAUAUGUACUCCCUCCAUUCUCUUUUAUAA